AUCCUCGAGCUGCUGCUGGCGAGCCACGCGUUCAAGGGCGAGAUCCCCGCGUCGAUCGGCAACCUGCCGUACCUCAAGACGCUCUCCCUCUCGCGCAACCAGCUCACCGGCACCGUGCCCUCCUCCAUCUUUGCCUCCGAGAGCCUGGAGGAGCUGUACCUCGACUUCAUCAACCUCGACUCGCCGAUCCCUGCAGAGAUCAAGGAGGCGACGCAGCUCUCCCACUUCUCGGCCGUCCACUCUGGCCUGACGGGCGACCUGCCGAUGGACAUGAUGUGCUCGUCCAAGCUCUUCACGCUCGACCUGUCGCGCAACAAGCUCACGGGCACGCUGAAGAAGGUGGUCAUCAACGGGUGGAACGGCAUCUACCGCCUGACGCUCGACUCGAACGAGUUUGCGGGCGAGCUGCCCACGUUCGACUGGCACACGGCCAACCUGCGCUACCUCUCGCUGCGCAACAACAAGUUCAGCGGCAACUUCGAGGUGUCGCUCCUCGGCUUCCAGAACGAGCAGGUGGCCACCUCGGGCUCCCGCCUCAGACUCGACGGCAACGCCUUCAGCGGCGAGCUGCCCUCGUUCAUCUACCGCCUC